AACGAGGCAGACACGUCUUCCCAUCAUUGUGCCCCCCGGUGCCGAGCACAGCAGAAAUGCUAGGGAGGGUCUUGAAAUGAACUAAGUGGAGGCCCUGGAAGGGAAGGGCUGUUUUCUAUGUUUCAUGAACUCCCAGCUGAACCGCAUGCCUUCUCUGAAUAUGCCGACAGCUUUCUCCAAGUUCAGCCUCCGUCUCCCCUCACCGCCCAGGGCAGCGUCUCAUCAGCGGCCUGCGCAGCGCUGCUGCGGUCUUGGGUUGAGCUUUACUCGCAGAGCUUACUGUUUUCUCUUCCAGGUCUUUGACUUUGAGCUGAGCAGCGAGGAUAUGGCCACCUUACUGAGCUACAACAGGAACUGGAGGGUCUGUGCCUUGGUGAGCUGUGCCUCCCACCAGAAUUAUCCCUUCCAUGAAGAGUUUUGAAGCUGUGGGUGCCUGCUCUUCCCCAGGCCACCUGCCGCCGUUUCCUGCCUUGUUCUUCCUUUUUCGUGUACGUAGUGUAGUGUGGCCAUGUCCCUCACCACAGGGCAGUCACCUGCAGUUGCCCAGCCAGGGUGUGGCCAGCCUGGCAUUGGGGCCAGCGAGCAGUCUCAGUAGAUUGGAGUCUCUUCCCAUUUUCUUUGCCCUUCGUGUCCGGGGAAGAUGCAACCUCCAUACCCUUUCCUGACUAAGUUGAAUCUACAAAGUGAAAAUUAGUGCCACUAACAAUGGGAUUUUGGUUGCUUGGAACUGUAGUCCUUUCAGCCAGACUUCUUCUUGCUCAAAUAAAAAGAACUUUUGUGAGUUUGA